GUCAGCGUCGGAAGGCCGUGUGUCAGCGUCGGCUGAACAAAAGAGAGAGUCACCACAGACGGAGGGAGACGGACUGAGAGACGCUUGAGUGGCGGGCGGACGCGUGGAGGCGAAGAGAAGCGGCUCAGAACCGGAGUAGUGGUCUUUAUAUAUAAGAACCUGUUAAGGAAGUAGAAUCUAUUUUUUUUUUCCGAAAGCGCACGUGUCCGCUUUGUCAUAUUUUUAAUCGCGUUCUCGAGAGCAUCGCACUAAACCGAAUGAGGAAACGGCUCCGCGCCUCGCUGCUCUCAGCUGACCAUCUUCUCUAUUUGCAGCGACUUAAAAAUUACAAUUAACAGUAACUACAAAAAAAAAAAAAAAAAAAAAGCACCAGAGCGAACGCCAUGGUCGCAGGUGAGCUCGUACAGGAGCAUCUGCGCAGCAUCGCGGUCUCCAGGAAGGAGGCGAACCCGGAGCCCGGCGGAGCUGCGGAGCGACGCGCGGAUCCAGCGCAAGUAGCGGCGGAGCGGACGGGCGGGGCGGGGGAGGCGGAGGAGAGAGGCGCACCGGAGCAGGAAGAGGAGAAGGAGCAGCCGCCGGAUGAAAGAGAGGCGAUGCUGCCCAACGGAGGAGGAGGAGGAGGAGGAGGGAGCGAGGCGGAGGAGGACGAGGAGGAAGGGAGGAAGCUGGAGACGAGGCUGUACGCGCGCCGGUUCGCCGUGCUGGCCGUGUUCAGCCUGUACUCCCUGGUGAACGCCUUCCAGUGGAUCCAGUACAGCAUCAUCACCAACGUGUUCACCAGGUACUACGGCGUGACCAACGACAAGGUGGACUGGCUCUCCAUCGUCUACAUGGUGGCCUACGUGCCGCUCAUCUUCCCCGCCACCUGGCUGCUGGACUGGAAGGGGCUGCGGCUCACGGCCCUGCUGGGCGCCGGCCUCAACUGCGCCGGCGCCUGGCUCAAGUGCGCCAGCGUGAGCCCGGAGCGGUUCGGCGUCACCGUGGCCGCGCAGGUCGUCUGCUCCGUGGCGCAGGUGUUCAUCCUCGGGCUGCCGUCGCGCAUCGCCUCGGUGUGGUUCGGACCGCGGGAGGUUUCCACGGCGUGCGCCACCGCGGUGCUGGGGAACCAGUUAGGGACGGCCAUCGGUUUCCUGCUGCCUCCAGUUCUGGUUCCCAACACGGCCGAUGACAUCGAGCAGAUGGGCCGCAACAUCAGCGUCAUGUUCUACGGCACAGCUGCUGUCUCCACGGCCCUCUUCAUCCUCACGGUUAUAGUGAUAAAAGACCGACCCGCUCUGCCUCCCAGUCAAGCCCAGGCCGUGUUACCGGACUCCCCCCCCGAAGAUUACUCCUACAAACAGUCCAUCAUCAACCUGAUGGUGAACAAAGCCUUCGUCCUGCUGCUCAUCAGCUACGGUAUAAUGACCGGCUCCUUCUACUCCGUCUCAACGCUCCUCAACCAGAUGAUCAUGACCUGCUAUGAGAACCAGGAGUUGAACGCUGGGAGAAUCGGUUUGACUCUGGUUGUUGCCGGGAUGGUCGGCUCCAUUCUCUGCGGCCUGUGGCUGGACCACACAAAGACGUACAAGAUGACCACUCUGAUCGUGUACGGCCUGUCGUUUCUGGGCAUGGUGGUCUUCACCUUCACCCUGGACCUCAACAACAUCUUACUGGUCUUCUUCACCGCCGGAGUCCUGGGGUUCUUCAUGACCGGCUACUUGCCUCUGGGCUUUGAGUUUGGUGUUGAGAUCACGUACCCGGAGUCUGAAGGAACAUCGUCAGGGCUCCUCAAUGCUUUCGCUCAGAUAUUCGGGAUAAUUUUCACCCUGAUCCAAGGAAAACUGACCACAAACUACAAUCCGCUGGUUGGAAAUCUCUUCCUCUGCGCCUGGAUCUUCCUGGGGAUAAUUCUCACAGCCUUAAUUAAGUCAGAACUGAAGAGACACAACGUCAACAUGGGAGCAGAGAGCAACCACCUGCAGGCACUUCCCGCAGAGUGUCCCAGUGACUGCCCUUCAGAAAAGAAAACCAACGGAGUCAGGCUGGAGCCCUCGCUCAGCUUCUCCCGUGAAACCUCGCAGUGACCUGUCGAGCCAGUGAUUCACAGACCCGCUGAGAAAAGGCCUCCCGGCUGCCCUGGGAAACACCUCGGCACCGCUGUCUAAGCAAAGUACUCCAAGGUGCACCUGGUUUUCAUUGCCAAGUAUAAUCUCCUCAACAUUUGGAAAGCUGUGAGGCUCUGAGCCUCGUUUAAUCAAGCACAGACACUAUUCACAGAGGAUCCGAGGCCGGGCGGCCAACGUGGCACAAAGAGAGCUGAUCUGAUCACGGCUCCACACAAUAUUUAUGAAUCCUUUUCAAGCCUCCUGAAUGUCUCAUUUAGAGGAACUUCCGGUAAAGAGAACUUUACUCUGGGUAGUACCUGCAGAAGAAGCUGAUUACUGUAUGCAAAUGUGAAUUUUGAAGGAAGACGUGUUGGUGAAGCAAGUGCCCAGUCCCUGAAUGUUUCCCGGAUGUCUGAUGGGAUCUCCGGAGCAGGUGGGAUGGAGCCACUCCACCAACAUUUCCUGAGUUUACUUGAAUUGACUUUAGUUGUUUCAUCUCAGUCCACCUUUGCAGUAAGUCAGUCAUCUGAGAGGGACUGGACUCAGAUUCCUGAAAUCCGUUUUAAAACUGCUUCAGAUGAUGUGACAGAUGUUGUGUUUGUUUUUCUAAAAAAAAGCAGCUGCAGGUAGUUUUGCACGGUUCACUUUAGCGUUCAUAACAACGGCUAAUAUAUACUAGAAAUAUUCAAUGUGUCUUAACUUAGCUGACAUCGUCUUAAAUCAUCCGGAGAUCCUCACAGGAUUUUAAUAACUGCUUCUUUUGGACACAUGUUUACAUGUAGUAUAGACCAGGCCGAGUUAUGUUGUUCCAUUGCAACGCUACACAGACACAGAAAAAGAAGCUCUUUAGACAGAUGAGGGCACGUAGGUCCGUUAAAAGGGAUACACCACGGCUAAGUGAAAUUUAGUUACUCAACGUAUUCCCCACAGUUGGAUAAGUGAGAAAAAGCAGGCCAGGUUCAAAGACACCACGCAGCACCUGAAAACCACCCCAACUUCCGUCAACACAGCGGCGUGACUGGUUUUCAGGUGCUACACAAGAAGGAAUUAGGAAAAUUCUUGAGUUUAUUUAUCACUUUUGCGAAUGAAUGGUUAAUUGGCAACACUACAUUAUAGCACCUAUGCUAAGCUGAAGCUAACAGCUGCGCCACUGGAUUAGGACAACGCCUGGACAGAUUUAAAAGUGCUUUUUCUCACUUAUCUGGUAAAUUCAGCACUUAAAUUUGAAAAAUUUGAAAAAUUCACACUCUAGGAUUGACAUUUAGAAUGUCAGACUAUUUUAAUGAGCGCCCUAUGAAGGGUUAAUAUCAAGCCACUGAUGCUGAAACUGCUAAAAGUUUAAUCUUUGCUUUUGGCAGAGGCAUUUUAAUACAGAAUUUUCCAUUUUAAUGUGAUAGAUGGGAGUGGGUGGAAGCAGGAAAUGGGACAACACACGUGAUCAGAUGGUGUAGGGUGGACCUGAACCUGUGAGAAGCUUCUGUUAAUGGAGUCUGGAUCUUUCUUGUCAUAUCCAUCGGGGUUUUGUCUAUUAGGUCGUGUGUUUUAUCAGUUUCUGAUGUUUUCCAUGUGAAGAGAAGCUGACAUCACCAAAGGCAAAUACUUAACCUGUAAGGCGGUAAAGGAAAAAGAAACUGUGCGGUAGUAAACCAGAAGCUGUAGCGUCUAAACUACCGCUCCUGACAGCACAAAUGCACUGAAGUGUUCUCCAAGUCAAACCACUACGCAACAAACUGAAUGUGAAUCCGUUCAGAGUUCAGCGCACAACAAGAAUCCCACGCACAAGUUCAGGUUUUACACUGAAAUGCAGAUGUUUUUUUGUUUGUUAGUUUUUUUUUGUUAAGUGUUAUCACAAUCUGAGCUGAGUAGCAGAGGCACAGGGAGGAAAGUGACACAAUGAGAAGUGAACAGGAGAAGCACAGCCUUUAGAUUCAUGUUCGUUCUGCUCUGCUACAAUUCAGCCAUUUACAAGUCGUAGCUGCUGCAAAGAGUGAAAUGGCUUAAAAGUUUGAUAUGUUUAUUAACCCUCCUAUUAUUUAUCUUUGGAGUCAGUUUGACCCCAUUCAAUGUUUAACGACACUGACCUCGACAUUAUAAAUGUUAUUAAUCUUAAUUCUUGACCAAAUGUUAUAGAGAACAAGAAUAUGAAGCUAGAAAUGAUUUAAAGCCACUUAAACACGUCUCUUUCCAGUUUAAGGUCAAUCAGUGAGAUUUUAUGCUGAUCUUAACUUUGAUACAUUUUUGACAUAUAUAUAUUAAAAAAAAACUGAAGGUAAUAGGAGGGUUAAAGUAUGUUAAACCAUCUGAUUGUUGGUUGUUGAUGUUACAGCAUCAGCACAUUUGACGAUUUUUACUAUUUCAUCUUCUUUCAUCAGAAUUUUGAGUUGAGUUCGGUUUCAAUCCAUUUGCAUUUCAUUAACCUCCUGAGACCUGCAUUUUUAAUUUCUCCAUUUGUCUUUAUUUAGAAUUAGUAGAACCUAAGAACUAUAAAAGCUAGGGAUCGUCUAUGAACAGGAAGUAUUGUUUGGAAAAAAUUAAGUCCUCAUAUGUGGACACGGGGAUUAUUUCACUCAGCAUUAUAACAAAGUCUCCAAUAUGUAACAAAAAUAUGAGCAGAAUUGCAAAUAAUGAAGCCCCAACGUCCUCAAUCGAGUACUUGCUAGUUAACAAAGUUAUAGCUCGUUACUAUAAUUUGUAUCAUAUUGAACUAGAAAAGUUCAUAAUCAUAAAUAAACAAGUUUCAAAUGUAAAAUUUGAUGAGGUUUUGUACCUUGUCCACUUUUGUUACAUGAUUGGCUGCAGAAUGAAUCCACUGAAUCAUAUUUUUACACCAACUAGUAUCUAAUUCUAAUCUAAUCUAAGAGGAUAAAAGUUUAAAUGAAGCAGAAUAAGCUGCCGCAGACCUAAAACUUAACGUCCCCAUAUGAGGACGCAGGGUCUCAGGAGGUUAAGGAGUGUGUUUCAGUACCUCUGCACACAAUUUGAAAAAAGUACAACCAAUCAGAGCAACAUGUUAUGUGACGUUAUUUUGCUUGGACUCUAAAGCAGCAGCCAUUUUGUUUUAAACUAAUUUAACUCCACGGUGCUCGGACGACGUUUAUGAAAAAUCACCACGUUCACUUCAGACAUGUGUUGGUGUGGAAGCUUCUGGGCAUUUUACAUCCUAUUAUUUAUGUAUCCCACCAGAUAUUUUCUUUUUAACUAUUUAAAUAUUUUCUUUUACUAAUGUCUUAGUGUGUUCUUAGCUAAUGAAUGAUUUUUUUUUCUAAAUAUUUUUUACAUAGCACUAAAUUCUUAACAUGAAGUCAUAAUUUAUUUUUCUCGUUAGUUUAGGGCUAUUUAUUUUGCCUGUGAAAUUAUAGCAGUAUGUAAAGUGAUGAGAGGGUUGAUGAUGUCUAAUCUACUGUUUGAAACGUUUCUCUGUAUGACCAAAACACGUUUGUGAGCUCCAGUAAAAGGAUACUGUGUAAA